UUCAAAUAUUAAAGGUUAAACGUUUGAAAAAUAUUGAUUUGUGUGGAAGAUAUAAAUCUCCGCCUCAAGGAAUUGAAGAAAAAUCAAUAAUUGGUUUGUUUAUCUACAAUAAAAUUGAUAAUCUUGUGUUAUGUAAUUUGUGCAUAAAUAAAGUGCAAUUGCAGAAACUGAUUCAGUUUAUUAUCAAACACAGACAUGUUACUUAAAAUUAUUUUUUUGGGUUUGUGCCUAAUAUUUAGUGUUUUUGGUUGGCGUGAUGAAUAUUUUCGAAUAAAUAAUUUAACGUUUGUGGUGGAACCCAAGGGCAUUUAUCGUCUUCUUGGCUACAGUCCUGCUGAGAAUUUAACAGCAGGAAUAAUCGCAAAUGUCGAAAAUAUGCAAACUUUGUAUUUGCUAGACGAUUCGAUUCGGGAAAUUCAACCUGGAGCUUUCCAAAACUUGCCAAAACUUAAACACAUCAUUAUACAAUACAACGAGAUUUCGAAAAUCCCAGCAGGAAUUUUCAACAAUUUCCCAAACUUGACGUAUCUGGAAUUGGGUGAUAAUGGAAUCUCAUAUAUUGACCCUCAUGCUUUUGAUAAUUUGACUCGUUUGACCUCAAUUAAUUUGGAUAACAAUAAAUUGAGUAAAAUUGAUUCGCAUUGGUUUGAGAACAAACCUGCCCUUAAAUAUAUCCACCUCGCCGGUAAUUUAAUCAAAAAGGUUUCCGCCGAUUUGUUUGAGAGUUUAAAAGGGCGAAAAUCGAUGUCUUUGUUUUUGGGAGAUAAUCCUGUGGAGACAAUCGAAAACAAUGCUUUCAAAGGAUUUGAAGAAAUGUCAGUUUUGUCCUUGGAAAAUCUCAAUCUUACGUCUCCCACAGCUUUUCUCCAAGGUCUCAAAAUCGAAACUUUAGAAUUUAAUGGAAAUAAAUUUAAAUGUGUGGAAGAGGAAGCUUUUGAUCGGGUUUUCGUCGCCGAUACGACUGAAAUAAAGUCAAAUCCGCUGGAGGCCGAGUGUUUGAACAAAAUUCAACUUUGGGCCAAAAAACACAACAAAACUGUUAUCACACACUAAUUUUCAUUUUACAAGUCUAAGGUUAUCUCCUAUUUCCCAGAAACUUUUUAGAAUAGAACUACUGGUUAUUAAUUUACUGAAACAUUCUAAGAAUUUCUGAAGCUUGUCUACCGGAAUUGCCGCAAAGGUGUAACCUUUCACUAUUUCUACUGUUUAAAAUUUAUUAACUUUGUAUAGUUGUAUGUGAAUAAAUAGUAUGUCUUGUGGCGUUUUUAAUCUUGUUGAAAUUUCAAAAAAAAAAUACCGACCACAAAUUUAGUAACUCGAUUUUAGAAGUGUUGAUUUGUACAACCGCCGACUCAAGGAAAAAAAUUGUUAAUAAUUAUCUUGUUUACAAUAAAAUUUAUAAUCUUGUAUUAUGUAAUUAGUUUACUCCGAUAUUAUAAAUAAAAUUUAGC